AUGGAAAACCAAAACCAAUCUGAGUCUGAAUUUUCAGACGCACUUAUUAACCAGGACGAUGAUACUUAUCUAUCCGAGAUUGAUGCAGCGACUAACGCCGCAUCAAACCUGGCGCUCUCUGAAGGAAGCGACAGAACGCUUCUGGAAGACGACGACAUGAUGGAUACAGACAUCGUUCCAGUUAUUACGGAAACAGUGUCUAACACUGGUUCCACAAUGGCAACUUCGGCGGGAAGCGACAGAACUCUUCCCAAUGAGACAGCCAACAAAAAUGUGGAGAAUAAUGUCCAAUUGGAGGGAAUGAAUAUUUCGUUGCCCGCGCAACAGAAGUCCCCCCGAAAGAGGAAAUUCACCACAUCACAGCGGAAGCAUUUGCGACGUCUUUUGGACAGUGGUGUAAAGUAUGAAGACGCAGCAGCGCAGGUGCUUUCGAAACCCAAACCAUCGCCACCUGUUACUUCGGAAAAGAGGAAGCGAAGCGACAACGCUACGCCACCGGAGAACAGAGACUCUAAGAAGCCUAAGGCGAAUGUGUCCUACAGUGAGACUCUUAAAACCUUCAGGGUGUGUCUUAUUCACAAAGAACACCCGGUGCAGAUGCUCACUAGGGAGCAGAUGAACUUGCUCGAGGCAGCGUUGUCCGAAGAGAUUGUUAACAUUCCCGAAGACGGCCCAAGAGUACAGUUCAGGAAUUGGUUUACCCGCCCGGGUUGGGUGAUGGUUGACUGCGCAGAUGAAAUCUCUGAAGGAUGGAUCAUGGGCGUGGUCACUCAGAAACAGCUCGUGGGGGGAGUCCAAGUUAAAGCGGUGAAGGGCGAGAAUAUGCCAAAAACUGCGACAUGCACGAUGUGGAUACCGGCAACUGACAAAACGCCACCGGGAUCUAUUCUCGAGCGCAUCCGUAAGCAGAAUGACCUGCAGACGGAAAGAUGGAGAGUUCUGAAGAUCGACACUGACGAGAAGGGACGGACGAUCGUCCUUUCAAUCGACGAGAACUCUAUCAAUAAACUGAAGAAGGUGAAUAUGAAAGUCUUCUACCUACUCAGACAGAUUGAGAUCAGGCUUAAAACUGGCGUGAGAAAGCCGAAACCCAAGCCUGAGAAGAAGAAGAACGCUGCUAACUCGGAUGUGGUGAAACCUGCGGUGGAUCAUACGCACGAGGCGAAUAAGAAUGAGGUUUCACAACCGACAUCCUUACAGACGCCGAGGGCUGUUCGGUCCAAUGUAACCAAAGGCCAACCCACACCGGGGCCAAGCAAGCAAAAGGACUCGACGGUGAGAACGCCAUCCGGAGUUCGAUCUGAGAUCAAGGACAAAGGAUCAACUUCAACACCAAGAUGUCCUCCGAUUACCAGAAAACCAACGUUUCCGGAUAAAGAGGGAGCGAGAAAACGCUCUACCUCCAACCCGCGUGGGAAAUCGGGCGGUGGCGGUAUACAGGAACGACUGAGGGUUCCUGACAAAAAAUGAUGUCACACACUAAGUUCCAAGUGCUACAGGUAAACCUGCAGCACGCAAAAGCGGCGUCAGCUGUUCUCAGCAGCUGUUUCGCCAGAAACUUAUUAGAUUUUGCUCUUGUUCAAGAGCCUUGGGUUUUCCAAGGCUGUAUCAGGGGUAUAAGUAGCAGGAAUUUUGUUCCCGAGAUAUGGUAGCAGCCCUUGUGGAUGCUGAGUGUGGGAACAACGGACGUUCAUUUGUUAUAUGCUCUGCAUACUUUCCUGGAGACGAGGACUGCCCUCCUAUACAUUUAGGCCGGCUUAUCGACUACUGCAGCAGGAGGGGUCUCGGCUUCAUAAUUGGAUGCGACGCAAACGCGCACCAUACCUUAUGGGGAAGCACCAAUAUCAACGAUAGGGGUGAGUCACUAUUACAAUUUAUCUCUAAUCAUGGGCUUGAAAUUGCUAAUAUUGGGGAUAAACCAACUUUUGUAAACAGGGUGAGAAUGGAAGUUUUAGACUUAACACUAACUUCCAAUCGAAUGUUUAACAAAAUUAAAAAUUGGCACGUCUCUGAUGAACCUUCCUUGUCUGAUCACAGACACAUCAAUUUUAAUAUUGAAGUGUCUAGGCUGAACGACCAGAAGGAACGUAGAAAUCCCAAAAGAACCA